UACGUAUCGAUAGUUUUUAGCCUGGCCAAACGCACCAAUGUUUAUUGUUAUAAAAUAAAUGUUAAAAAUAAACAAUUAAUCACUUAAGAUAAACAAAAACUAGUGCAAGCAGCAAGUGCGUUGUAAAAACGAUCCCCGCCCUCCGCUCUUACCUCAUCACGGGCAUAAAAAAUAAGCACAAAAACAACAACGCCAGCAGCAGCAACAACAAAAACAAUAACCAGGAGAUUCAGAUUCGCAACGCAAUCAAAAAAAAGGCAAAACGGAGAAAAAAAAAACUACAAGGCGAAACGCAUAAAUAAAUAGGAAAACAAAUAAUAGUAAUAAUAAGACUAAAAGCAAGUGGAAAAGUACGAAAGCAAAAAGAGAAAACAUAUGUACGUUGCGUGAGAGUGACGUGUGUGUGUGUGUGUGCGAACGAGCAAGAGAGAGAGGGGAGGAAGGAGAGCAAAAACAAAAACAACAUCACAGCAUAAGCGAGACCUUGAAAACUUUAAAAGCAGCAGCAAAAACAACAAACACAAAAUCCAAAAAAACAGCAGUACAAAAAAAAUUAAAAAAAAAAAGUUUAAUAUAAAAAAUAUAUACUUUUAUAUACAAUUCGUAGAGGAGCGGAGCGUACACUCUGUUAUGGAGAGUGACGAUUUUCAUUUACCGCAAGGCGCCAAUUAAUAGGGGAAAAUCCAUAAAGCGAGGAUUUGCCAAGAGGAAAAGCGUGGACGAACCGCCGCUGAAAAGGCCAAAAUGGCAGCAGCAGAGGCGGGAAACACGGGCACAGGGUCGGGAUCGGGAUCCGGAUCAGGAUCGAGCAGCUCCUCGGAUCCUGCCAACGGACGGGAGGCCCGCAAUCUCGCCGAGAAACAGCGGCGGGAUAAGCUAAACGCCAGCAUUCAGGAGCUGGCCACAAUGGUGCCACACGCAGCGGAAUCCUCCCGCCGGCUGGACAAGACCGCCGUCCUGCGAUUCGCCACCCAUGGCCUGAGACUCCAGUAUGUGUUUGGCAAGUCCGCCUCCCGCCGGCGACGGAAACCGAUCCUCAAGGGCUCGGGCUCAUCGCCCGGCAUUGGCGAGCUAUCCAAUCCCAGUCUGCACCUCACGGACACGCUGAUGCAACUGCUGGACAGCUGUUUCCUUACCCUGACCUGCAGUGGCCAAAUCGUUUUGGUCUCCUCCAGCGUGGAGCAGCUCUUGGGCCACUGUCAGUCGGAUUUGUACGGCCAGAACCUGCUGCAGAUCACCCAUCCCGACGAUCAGGCCAUGCUGAAGCAGCAGCUGAUACCGCGGGACAUUGAGACCCUGUUCUACCAGCAGCAACAUCACCAGCAGCCGGGUCAUAAUGCUCAGCAGCACUCAACUUCCACGUCGGCUUCCGCAUCGGGCAGUGAUCUGGAGGAGGAGGAAAUGGAGAUGGACGAGCAUCGCCUGGGUGAUGACCACCAGCAGGAGGACGAGAAUGAGGAGCAGGAUCAUCCGUACAACCGACGAACGCCCAGUCCGCGGAGCAUUGCCCAUUCGGCGGCCAUCGAUGAACGACUGCGAUCCGAUCGCCGUUGCUUCACUGUCCGAUUGGCCAGGGCUUCCACGCGAGCGGAGGCGACGCGCCACUACGAGCGGGUCAAGAUCGACGGCUGCUUUCGCCGCAGUGACUCCUCGCUGACGGGCGGUGCCGCUGCCAACUAUCCCAUUGUCUCCCAGUUGAUUCGGCGCUCGAGAAACAAUAAUAUGCUGGCUGCCGCGGCAGCGGUGGCAGCGGAAGCGGCGACAGUGCCGCCGCAACACGAUGCCAUUGCCCAGGCGGCGCUGCACGGGAUCAGUGGGAACGACAUUGUCCUGGUGGCCAUGGCCAGGGUUCUGCGGGAAGAACGCACCGUCGCCGAGGAGACGGAAGUCAGUGGCAUGACCUUCUAUCGGCAACCAGAACCCUACCAGUUGGAAUACCAAACGAGGCAUCUAAUCGAUGGCAGCAUAAUCGACUGUGAUCAGAGGAUUGGCCUGGUGGCGGGCUACAUGAAGGAUGAGGUGCGCAACCUGAGUCCCUUUUGCUUUAUGCAUUUGGACGAUGUCCGCUGGGUGAUUGUUGCUCUGCGGCAGAUGUACGACUGCAACAGCGAUUACGGCGAGAGUUGCUAUCGUCUGCUGUCCCGCAACGGACGCUUCAUCUACCUGCAUACGAAGGGCUUUCUGGAGAUCGAUCGCGGCUCCAAUAAGGUGCACUCCUUUCUCUGCGUCAACACGCUGCUCGACGAGAAGGCGGGCCGGCAAAAGGUGCAGGAGAUGAAGGAGAAGUUCUCGACAAUCAUCAAGGCGGAGAUGCCCACGCAGAGCAGCAGUCCCGAUUUGCCAGCCUCGCAGGCGCCACAGCAACUGGAGAGAAUCGUGCUUUAUCUGAUCGAGAACCUGCAAAAGAGUGUGGAUUCGGGCGAUGCGGUCGGCGGCCAACCAAUGGAGAGCCUAAUGGACGAUGGCUACAGUUCGCCAGCGAACACAUUGACCCUCGAGGAGCUGGCGCCAUCGCCCACGGCACCCACUUUGGCCUUGGUGCCGCCGGCUCCGUCGUUGGUGAAGAACUCCAUCUCGAAGUCGGUGAGUGUGGUCAAUGUGACGGCGGCCCGAAAGUUUCAGCAGGAGUAUCAAAAGCAACGCGAGCAGCUGAAGGAGCGCAGCAACGUCUCGCAAGGAGUGAUACGGCAGUUGAGCAGCUGCCUCAGCGAGGCGGAGACCGCAUCCUGCACACUUUCGCCGGCCAGCAGCUUGAGUGCCGGCGAAGCGCCCGAUACGCCGGAGCCACACAGCAAUACGCCGCCGCCACAGCCGCUCCACGCGCGUCCCAGUGUCCUGCAUCGCACCCUGACCAGCACGCUGCGAUGACGGGCCGACGGGUGUGGAAAUGGACGCCGUUUGGCAGCCCACAUUCGGUGACGUUCAUACAUUAGCCAUGUCCAAAAAUAUAUCAGCAAAACAAACAUAAUCUGCCCCUAAAAAGGAAGUCAGUCGAAUCUUUGGUCUUUAGAGACCGUAAGCAUGAUUAGGCAUCAAGUUGAAUCGAUUUGAUAAGGUUCAUUCAGAAAGCCAGAGCAUGUAAUUAAAUAGAGUAAGCACUUCUUGAAAUCAGCCAAAAAACAAUGUGGUUCCUAGAACCCCCUUUUUGUCUAACAAUUUAUUUUUGCAACUGGCUUUUAGAUUUUCAACAUUUGAGUAUAUAAUUACACAACCAAUAUAAAGCGAACAGAACUCACAAGUUGUAAUCAAAGCGAUUCUGUAAUUUUACUUACUUAUAUAGGGAUUCCCGCCAAAUCUGGUUUUAAGCACUUACUUUUUAACUUGUUCAAUAUGCAUUCUUUGUUGUAUACCAAAAACAAACUUAGGUUUCUAUAUUGUACAUAUUGUUCGGAUAUCUGAAAGCGGUUUUCUUGUUGUUUAAAAAUAACUAUGUUUUUGUGAAGAAUCGACGAAAUCGACGAGGCGCAUUUAGUUUGAGAUUAUGGCAGUAAUAAUUAUCUGAUCACGAUUAUCGUUAGAAAGUGCCUCUAACUGAGUAAUAGAAGAGAUACAUUUUGGACAUGGGCUAUCGCUGAUUUUACACUAUAAUUCGAUCUGAAACAGAUCGAUUACAUGUCAAAGCGUCGAUCGGUGUGUGCUGCUAAAUGCGUUCCAUAAUCAAUAAUCUUCGUUAUGUAAUUACGUUUAAUUUGUAAAUACGUAUGUGUGGGUGAUUGCCAGUGCGUGUGCGUGUGUGUGUGCAUGAGUGUGUUAGAAUAGUAGAUCAGUGCUCGGCUUUGGUUUUAGUUGAAAUUUAAACCCCAUUUCCCGAUUUCCUUGUUAUCACCACCCCCAAACCCCUGCCCCACACACCAGUGUAAAAAGAGUACAAAAAAACAACAACAAAAAAGAAAAACAACAAAUUAACAAUCAAUUAUAUAUUUAUUUUGCCCUAAGUCUAGAACACGCUUAGAACGACUCAUUAAUAGUUAAACCGAUUUUGCAAUCGAUUGAAAUUAAACGCUCGAUUUUUGUUUACCAUCUCACUUCUAGAAAGAGAUAGAGGACAGCAAACAGUCGAACUUCUCUAAUCGAACUUUCCGUUAGCCUGAUAAGCAGGAAUUACUUUAAAUUCCCUUUUAAAAACUAUAACAACAUAGCAGACUUUUUAUAUAAUUGUGAAUUAAUAAUAAUUUGAUAAUUCAAGUAAUUUAAUUGUCUAGAUAAAAAUAUGAUAAAUAACAAAUUAAUUUUUGUUCAUUGUUAAUAAUUAACUGUCGAAAAAUCUUGUAUAAUUUCCCAACAAAAAUGAGUAUAAAUUACUUACAUAUAAACAUAAUUGAAAUAAUAAAUUGAAAAGGGAUAGAAAUCGACAUAGCGAAGUUCGACUGUUGUUCAAUACUCACAAUGCCAGAGAUAGAGAGAGAGAUGGCUCAUUCCCUCUCGCUCUGGCCUGUUAUCAAAGCCUUUGCCAUUGUCCUUGGCGUUGCGUUCUUAUCACCGGCGUAUCGGCGAGAACAUAUAAAAUUUUUUUUUUUGGGGGGAAGUGGGUUUAGUGGUAAUUAUGAGGCGGUUGGUGGUUUUUGGUGGCGCGGGGCAUGGUGGGCCACGUUUCGUUAUUUUUUUUGUUUUAUAGCGAAAUUCUGCUAGCUAUAAACUUAAGCAUAUACAUAUAUUAUUACCUUUUUGUUUAGCUCAAUUUUUUGUUUGUAUUUUUAAUUAUUACUCGGUUUGUCUAGUGUGUAAUUCAAUUAAAAGUCGUAUGCUAAUUUCCCAGCGAAUCGUUCAGUGUUUGUUCAAACGAGUUGUGCUCUUUAAACACUUUUGGUUUAUCCGUCUUUAAAUUUUUGUUUGUUUUUGCUUGCGUUGUUAUUUGCCCAAAAAAAAAAAAAAAAAAACAAAGCAAAAUUUGUGUCGUUUUUUUUUUUUUUUUAGUAAUUAGCUUUAGAUGUAAUGUCAAAUGUCAAGCGGUAUAAUCUACGUAAGAAUAAUAAUGUGUAAUGUCUUUUUUAGAACUUGCUAAACUCUAGCAAUUAAAACAUAGCCUGUAAUUAACAAUAAUUAAUUAUAAUAAUCAAUAAAAAUUCAUGCAGAUGAAACGUUAAUAAAUAAUAAAUUAUAUAAAUGAA